AAAUAUCUUCGUUUUAUAUUAUUUGCAAUAUUUUUUAGAAAAUUAUAUUUUAAUCUCACGGAAACGAAAGAAAAUUGAGAAUGGAAGCCAGAUCCUCCAAACAUGCAUAGAGGAUAAUGAAUUAAUUACACAAAAUACAAUUAAAUAUGAAGGAGAUUUUUUUUUUUAUUUUUUUUUCCCUAAUAUUUCAGAUUGGAACAACAUGUUAAAAAAUAAUAAUAAUAAAAAAAUAUGGAGCAACAUGCGCCGCACGUGUAUAGUAGAUAAUGGAAUUUUUUAAAAAAAAAUAAAUAGUGAGUGAAAUUUUAAAAAGAAAAAAAAAAAAAAACUAAAUAAAUUCUUCUCUCUUCAGUACCUCUUUCCUUCCCUUUACAGGCAAAGCUACAAGCCUACAAUCUCUGAGAAAUCCUGCGUUUUUCCGUCUUUCCUUCCCUUUACAAAUCUAAUUUAAUUACCUCUUUAAAUUAUUUUUUCCGGGAAGAACAAUAAUUUAAUUUAAUCGCAGUAAAAAUUCUCAAAUGAAGUGUGUAAAGAUUACAACUUUAUUAGAUUUAGAAUAUAACAUAAUCUCUUCUUCAGAUGGAACACAAUGAUUACACUUCUUCUAACACCACCACUUACAAGUUUAGGGUUGUCAUUGCUGUGAGAUGUUACCUAACUGGGAUUAAUUAUGACAAAGGAUUAUUACAAGAUUUUGGAAGUUGAUUAUGAUGCAUCGGACGAGGAUAUACGAUUAAGCUAUCGAAAGCUGGCUUUGAAAUGGCAUCCGGACAAGCACAAGGACGAUAGUGCUGUUACUGCCAAAUUUCAAGAUAUUAACGAAGCUUACAGAGUUUUGAGUGAUCCUACAAAACGACUCGAAUACGAUCUAAGUGGGGAUUAUGAGAUUGAUAAGUACUCUCUGCCGGAAUACCUUGCCAGGUUCAAAGGAAUGAUACUCACCUGCAAUGGUCUUGGCAUCAAUCACUCUUCACUUUGGUCUCAUAAUCAUCACCUCAAGGAAGCAAAUGAAUGUGAAGACGGUAAAGUUUGAGUGUCCUGCCAUUUUUUUUGUUUACCAAACUACAAUUACAAAGAGUGGAGUCCUAUGAUUAGUCUAUAAACUUAGGAGAGGGAGGGGUCGAGAUGAAGGACCAAGUUGUUGUUGUACUUGUACAAUAGUAAAAGAGAGUUGUUAGUAUUUUGUAUCUCAGGGCUAUUAUGGUUUGCCCAGCAUGUUAGGGAUUGCAAAUGGCUUUUAGGGUAGUAAUGCUAAGGUGCAGUAAAUGCUUUGCGAGAAAUUCAUUCUUCACUGGUGUCUUAACAAUCUAUUGCUCUCAGUUGAGCUCAUUCUCUUGUACUUAUGAAAUAAAGAUGCCCUGAAAAUAGCACACAAA